AUGCCGGUGCUGGAGGUGAUCUGCAGCCUGAUUGGCUGGUUCUCUCUCUACCUGCUGUUCUGCUGGACCUUUCCUCAUCGAGGGCCUGAGUGGAACUGUCGGCUGGUCACUCUGUCUCAUGGGGUCCUCAUAGUUUUGCUGACGGCAUAUGUGGUCUUCAUCGAUGGACCCUGGCCCCUCACACAUGCAGGUCAGUGCAAUGAAAACCACUGUAACAUUAAGUACAAAUGUGAAUCUUGUAAGAAUAUAAACAAAUGUAAAUUUUAGGAAGAUCCCUAAAUGGAUCAGAUGAAUGUGAUGAUGUAAUAUAACCAUAUCUGUAUGCAACCAUCACUACCCCCAUCUCAAGAGUGUUACCUUUGGUGUAAAUAGGAUUUGGACAAAAGACAGAGGUCUCAUUUUAUUUGUUAAGCUACUGUGCAAUCCCUUUACACACGACUGAAGCACAUUUAUACACCUGAACUGCAACACAUACUGUUUCAUACUGGAUUAAUCUUUCCUGGACACAUGCUGAGUAUCUAAUCUUAUUCCACUCAUCAAUCCCUCCCCCAGGCACUGAAAACACUGAGCUGCAGACCCUCGCCCUGGCCGUCUGCCUGGGUUACUUCUUCUUCGACAUGGGCUGGUGCAUUUGUAACCGCAGCGAGGGUCCCCUCAUGCUUGCACACCAUGCAGCGAGCAUCGUAGGUAUUCUCCUGGCUCUAACCAUGGGGGUGUCGGGCUGUGAGACCUGUGCAGUAGUCUUCGGCAGCGAGAUCACUAACCCCCUGCUGCAGACCCGCUGGUUCCUUCGACAGGUGGGCCUGUACGACAGCCUGCUGGGGGACGCCGUGGACCUGUUAUUCAUCUUUUUGUUCGCCACUGUGCGAGUGGGAGUGGGCACAGCCAUGUUUUACUGUGAGCUCACUUCCCCAAGGACUUCCCUGAUAAUGAAGCUGGGUGGCGUGAUCAUGUAUGGACUCGCCUGGGUGUUUAUGGUGGACAUCGCCAAAUUUUGCUACAAGAAAAGUAAAGCCAAGUACAAAAGGUGGCGAGAGAACCAGAAGCUAAAAGAAAUGAACUCACAGAAACUGGACGGACUUUCAGAGAAAAAUGCUGAUGGGAAUCAUCCCAGAAAUGACUAA